AUGGAGUUUGAGAAGAGAAAAGCAGCAACUUUAAGCUCACUAGCAUCCUCAAAGACAGACAAAUCACCUAAAGGAACAGUAGACGCACACAUAAUUCCACUCAUCAACACCAUCAACUCUCACCCUUCUUACUUCACCACCAGUUCCUGCUCCGGCCGUAUCUCCAUUCUUUCCCAACCAAAACCAGCAUCAACACCUCCCGCCAAUAAGAAGAAGGCACGUGGAGGAUCCUGGCUCUUCAUCUCCCACGACCUCGCCGAUCCCAACUCUCUCCUUCCCAUCCUUUUCACCACCGAGUCAACCCAUUCGGCUGAUGGGCACGUCGAAUCAGAAACUGGGUCGGCUGCUGAGUCAGGAACCGAGUUGGUGUUCCGGUUUGAGCCAUUGAUUAUUGCUGUGGAGUGUAGAGACAUUGAGGCUGCACAAUUUUUGGUUUCUUUAGCUAUAAAGUGUGGAUUUAGAGAAUCAGGGAUUACAAGUGCUAACAACAAGAGGGUCAUUGCGGGAAUUAGGUGUUCUAUAAGAAUGGAGGUUCCUUUGGGUGACAGUGAUAGGAUUUUGGUAUCAGAAGAGUAUGCGAGGUUUCUUGUUGACUUAGCUAAUCAGAAAAUGGAAGCUAAUUGGAAGAGAACUCAAGGGCUUUUAAGUGGUUUAAGAGAAAAUGGGUUUGUGGGGUCCUCGGUCUCGGAUAACGGUGAGCAUGAAGAUGGGCAUGAUGAUCAGUUGGAGAGAACAGCAAAUGGGUAUUCUCCUAUUGGGAUGGUGGGAGGAGUAGGAGAAGCCUCUGAUUGCCGUCUAUCUGCUUCUCCAAUUGUAGUUGCUGGUGAACCUGUAGAGAAGCUUUUCCUUUGGGGUCACUCUGCUUGUAUAUUGGAUAGGGGAAGCUACAACAGUGUUCUGGUAUUUGGUGGUUUUGGAGGGAUGGGAAGGCAUGCUCGAAGAAAUGAUUGUUUGCUGCUUGAUCCAUUCGGUGGCAAGUUAAAAGCAAUUGAUGUUGAGGGUGCACCAUCUCCACGAUUGGGUCAUACAGCUUCUUUGGUUGGUGAUUUUGUUUUUGUUAUUGGAGGAAGAGCUGAUCCUUCCAACAUUCUGAAUGAUGUAUGGGUUCUCAAUACAGCCAAAUUGGAAUGGAAGCUGGUACAAUGCAAUGGUAGUGUUUUCCCUCCAAGGCAUCGGCAUGCAGCAGCAGCAGUUGGCUCCAACAUAUAUGUAUAUGGUGGACUUAACAGUGAUACGAUCUUAUCAUCCUUGCAUGUUCUUAACACUGAAAAUCUGCAAUGGCUAGAGGUCUUGGUUAAUGGGGAUGGGGAACAGCCAUGUGGUCGUCAUUCUCACUCAAUGGUGGCAUAUGGGGCUAAAGUAUUCAUGUUUGGAGGGUACAAUGGCGAGAGAGCUCUUGGAGAUUUAUACAGUUUUGAUGUCCAGACAUGCAUGUGGAAGUUAGAAAAGACAGCUGGAAGAAGUCCACAUGCUAGAUUCUCCCACUCAAUGUUUGUCUAUAAGAAUUUUCUUGGAGUCAUUGGUGGUUGCCCUGUUGGACAACAUUUCCAAGAAUUGGCAUUGCUUGAUCUGCAAUUCCUUGUGUGGAAACAUGUCACACUUGAUUAUAUUGGCAAAGAGUUGCUUGUGCGCACUACAGCCAAUGUUGUUGUUGAUGAUCUUUUUCUCAUUGGUGGCGGUGCAGCUUGUUAUGCCUUUGGAACAAAGUUCAGCGAGCCAUUGAAAGUUAACUUGCUUCCGCUGGUUUCUUUAGGAGACAAAUUUAUGCCAACAGAGAAGAAUGUCAAUGCCAGAGUUUCUCAUGUUGGAAAUGUGGAGGCGUUAACUCAGAGUCCUGUCUUGAACUCUGAGGCUGAGAAGCAUCUAUUGGUUCCUUCUAACUUUGUACUACAACUUGAAAAGAAGUAUGCAAAAUUUGGGAAAGACAUACUGAAGAAUUUUGGAUGGUUAGAUCUUGGGAGGAAGGUUUAUACUCAGGAGGAUGGAUUACAUAUCUGUUUUCCUGUCACUGAAAAGUUCUCUGCCAUGUUUCUGGAAAAGCAGGAUCUGGAUGGGGAUGUGUUUGAAGAGGGGAAUGAUACUUGUGUAGCUAAACCAUUUACUGGAGGAAUUUUGUUAAAUCAGGUAUCUUGUUCAACAGCCUUGAACUUCCUUAAGAAAUGCGGUGCCACUAAUUUAGCAGAUGACGUUGGUGAAGUCAGAAAAACUUCAAAAUCUCCAUUCCAAACAAUGAAUGAAUCAAUUGCCUUGUUGAUUAAACAAAAAGACCUAGCAGAAACACUAUUAGAGCAGCUGCCAAACAGAUGGGAGCGUCUUGGGGAUAUUGUUGUGCUUCCAGCAACAUCGUUCAAGGAUCCAAGAUGGGACUCAAUUGGCGAGGAGCUUUGGCCUAUCGUAGCCAGAUCACUUAAUACUCGACGUGUUGCUCGCCAAGGACGAGUUGCAUCCACUGGAACAAGGGACAGUACUUUGGAGAUUCUUGUGGGAGAUAAUGGAUGGGUUGAUCAUCGAGAAAAUGGAAUUCUCUAUUCCUUUGAUGCUACCAAGUGCAUGUUCUCCUGGGGUAAUCUUUCUGAGAAGCUUCGUAUGGGCAAUCUGGAGUGCAAAGAUGAGGUUAUAGUGGAUUUAUUUGCUGGAAUAGGAUAUUUCACAUUGCCAUUUCUUGUCAGGGCCAAAGCGAAACUGGUUUAUGCUUGUGAAUGGAAUCCCCAUGCUGUUGAGGCACUGAGACAUAAUCUUGAAGCAAAUUCUGUCUCUGGUCAGUGUAUUGUACUUCAAGGAGACAAUCAAAUGACAGCUCCUAAGGGAAUUGCUAAUCGAGUUUGUCUUGGUCUUCUUCCAACAAGUGAGGGCAGUUGGGGUACUGCUGUUAGGGCAAUAAGGAGUGAGGGUGGGAUGUUACAUGUGCAUGGGAAUGUGAAGGACUCAGAGGAGUCUUUAUGGACUGAACAUGUUAUGAAAUCUAUUGAUGAACUUGCUAGAUCCGAAGGUCAUUGUUGGGAGGUCUCAAUAGAACAUGUGGAAAGAGUAAAAUGGUAUGCCCCCCACAUCCGCCAUCUUGUUGCGGAUGAUGAGACAAUGACUUUUGCAAAGAUGAUCAUGAUUCUUGAGAAGGAACCACACACCAUUAAAGAAUCCAAAGACACAGGAUGUUAUCGGAUUCAUUUGGAUGGUGUACUUCAACACUUGGCUACGUGGUUUGAUGCAGCAAAUCCAACUGCCACCAUUAAAGCAAAAGAAUUCUUUAAGACACCUCAAAGUGGAUCUAACCAAGGGUGGGACAAGAGUCAUGGGACUCACGAAGUCCAUGAUGAGUCAUCACCACAGGCUGCUACACAAAACUUUAGUGUCGGUGGCCAUCUUGGUGGGGAUGAACAUAAAACUUCAGUGUCGGUGGCCAUCUUGGUGGGGAUGAACAUAAAACUUCAGUGUGGGGAUGCUUCAGUUAUUUAG